AUGCCUAUCCCAGACGAGCAACUCCACCCCACCGCCACCGGCCCCGCAGCCGAGGUCGUCAAGGCGCACUCCACCAGCCCCAAGCCAGACGAGCACGUCCUCUACUCAGGCUGGUUCUGCCCAUUCGUGCAGCGCGUGUGGAUGACCCUCGAGGAGAAGGGCAUCCCAUACCGCUACCAGGAGAUCAACCCCUACAAGAAGGAAGCCUCCUUCCUGGCGCUCAACCCGCGCGGGCUGGUGCCCACCCUCGGCGUGCCCACCAAGGACAAGGGUGAGCAGCCGUUGAUCGAGUCGGGCGUCAUCUGCGACUACCUAGAUGAGACGUUCCCGGACGUGCCGCUGUACCCGCGGGGUGACGCGUUCAAGAAGGCCAAGCUGAGGGUUUCGAUCGACUAUGUGACCAGCCGCAUCAUCCCGGCUUUCCACCGCUUUCUGCAGCACACGCCCGACAAACCGUACAGCAUCGACGAGGCGCGCUUUGAGUUUCUCAACACGCUUGUCACGUGGAUCAAGGACGCCGACCCCGAGGGGCCGUUCUUUGCGGGCGCCGAGCUAAGCAUGCCGGAUGUCAUCAUGGGCCCGUGGGCGGUGCGGCUGUGGGUGUUUGACCAUUUCAAGGAGGGCGGCCUUGGGAUCCCGAAGCCGGGCGAGGGCGGUGCGGAUGAGAAGGCUUGGGAGAGGUGGAGAAAGUGGGCUGCUGCCAUUGAGGGGAGGGACAGCAUCAAGAAUACGUUGAGCGAAAGGGAAUACUACUUGCCCAUUUAUGAGCGGUAUCAUACAGAUAAAGCUCAGAGUGAGCUCGCCAAGGCUACGAGGGCUGGUCGAGGUGUGCCUUGA